AUCGACAUGGUUACGAGCGCUUCAUUGGUACUGAAGCCCUCGGGAAGCGACACAGAUACGUCCAACACAGUGGAGGAAACGUGCAGCGCGUCGCUCUCCUGGCCCGCUAAGCUCUGUUCCGUGAUCCAAACCUCGUCCUGUGACGGUGCCACGUCGAUUUUCACUUGGAAACCGGGGUCAUGCAUAGUCCAGCGGUCUCUGCGGAACACGUCGCUACUUGGUAAUGCAUUGGCGGCGCGCCAUGCCGCUAGAGAAGAGAGUACGCAGGCCACGAAGCGCAUUAUCAGGUCUGUGAUUGACACGCGACCUACCUUGGUAGUCGCACUUAUGCAACGUAAGGUUUUUAAGUUGCCACAAGAGCAACUUAGUCAAACAGUAAAUGCAUUUUUACCAUGGGCAUCAGCGCUGCGAAUGGCGGCGGUGCUGCGGCGUCGAAGCCGGCGGCCAAGCAGGUGAAGAAGGCCAAAAAGUCCCGCAAGGCACUGCACAUUGCACCUCCGCGCAUGAAGUCGCGACGUAAAGCUCGACAAGUGACCACGAACUUCCAUCGGUUGACGCAUGAGUUGGACCGCCUCAAGCAGCACAAGUCACUGGACGAGUCGCAGAAGCAGCGCAUCGCUGAGAUCAACAGGCAGUUAGAGGAAUUGGGUGGUCGACAGGCCUACCAGGACGCCAGUAUCCUCAGCACAAGCUUCCACCGCACGUCCAAGUGGGUCUUCCAGCUACUAACUCGCUUCGAGCUGCGACCCAAGGCCAAACAACCUCCGUUGCGAGUGUUGGAGGUCGGCGCUAUCAACACGCAGCUGCUGUCAUGUCCCUGGCUGGACGUGCGAGCUAUCGACCUCAACUCUAGACACGAACGCAUCGAACAGCGCGACUUCUUCAGCCUCAAACCUGAGGGCGAGUUCCAGGUUGUCGUGUCCAGUAUGGUGCUUAACUGUGUUCCUGGUGCCGACAAGCGUGGCGAGAUGCUGCGACUCUAUCGGGAACACUUGAAAGAAGGAGGACUGUUGUUCUUGAUGCUGCCGCUACUGUGUCUUCGCCACUCGCAGUUCAUGACGUACGCACGCUUUGCCAAGAUCUUAGAGGCCGUGGGCUUCCGCGUGCGAGAGACCAAAGACUCGCCCAAAGUCGCUUUCCUCUGCUUGGAGCGGAUCGAGACUGUAAAUGAGAACGCUUCGUUCCCACACAAGCUGCUGGUGUCAGGCGACAAGCGCAAUGACUUUAGCGUCGUCAUCUAGAUAGAAAGGAGUGCAACCUGCAUCUGUAUAUCUACUAAUCCGACUACCUACAUCCAAUUGUUUCUAUUGCUGUAACGUUACUUCGCCUCAGCAGCAACAACUGCCUUGAAGUGCUCCAUGCACUCGUCGCGAGUUUUCUCGGGGUUG